UCAAGUUAAGCCUUUUGUUUGGAUAGUACUAAUUAGAUUUUUUUUAAUCCUAGAACAUAAUUUGGGAAAACUAGAAAGUACCACUUCAUUUGAGGAUGUUUUGGCCUUCCUUGAGGCACUUCCCCUAGAAUUUUCGGCUCACAUGUGAGGAGCACCCGCCGCAAUGUGCGUCAUGUAAAAGAGUCCCCGCCGCUUCAAAUGUUGCCGGAAGAAGAGAAAUGUAGCAUCUUUGCUGUCUAAAGAUUCUUCAAAGACUAUAAAAAGCCGACUUGGAUGGCAGCGGAGCUCCCGGAGGACGCCCUGGGCAGGCGGGUGUUGUGCGGCCAACACCGAGCAACGGUCCGCUUCGUGGGCGCCGUGCCGCCUACCGAAGGCGUAUGGUUGGGCGUGGAGUGGGACGACCCGACCAGAGGGAAACACGACGGCUCUCGUGAAGGCGUGCGCUACUUCACCUGCAGCCACCCGACGGGAGGCUCCUUCGUGCGUCCGUCCAAGGCCAGCUUCGGCGCAGAUUUCCUUUCGGUGUUGCGGCAAAGAUACGACGACGAGGAGUCGGACGAGGAGAUCAAAGUUUCCGGCAAGACGCUGAAGUGGACCGAGGUCAAGGAGCGCAGUCUGGAGAGCUUUUCUGUCAUCUUGCUGGAAAACUGCCCGGUGAACGGGCCGGGAGUGGAUGGACAGAUCCGCCAGACCACGCCCAAUGUGCGCUGGUUGAACCUGAGCGGCUCCCUGCUGUGCGGCUGGGACGACGUGGCCGCCGUGGCUCGGCAGCUGGAGCAUUUGGAAGGUCUUCAUCUCAGUUUCAACCGACUGCGUUUACCCUCGGAGAUCGCGGCGCACCGAGGGGCUUUCAAUAACCUCCGGGUCUUGACCCUCAUGAGCUGCCGGCUGACGUGGACGCAGGUCCUGGAGUGCGCCCCCAUGUGGCCGCACCUGGAGGAGCUCAUCGUGGAGGACAACGACAUUACGCGCUUGCACAGGCCCGAGGGCGUCUUCGGAGAGCUCAGGUGUCUCGACCUGUCCAAAAACCCUCUGCAGCAGGACAGCUUGCUCAACCUGGCCCAUCUGCCUAGACUACAGCAUUUAAUCAUGACUGACACAGACUUCUGUGACAUCCGCUUCCCUGACGCCGCGCCAGGAGCGGAGACAUCGUCGUUCGCGUCGCUGGAGAAUCUCAACUUGAGCUGCAACCGCAUCUCCGAGUGGCGCGUGAUCGACGAGCUGGGCAAGCUGCCGUCGCUUCGCCAGCUUUGGUGUCGCGGGAACUUCUUAGUCAGCGAUGACCGCAACCCUAAGACGGCCAAUCAGAUGCUCAUCGCCAAACUACCACACCUUUGCAUCCUCAAUGGAACCGAGGUGACCCUGCAGGAGCGGAAGGGUGCGGAAUGCGACUACCUCAAGAUGUUCGGAGAGGAAUGGAUGCAGUCCGUGGCGCGGAGUCCAUCCCGCCGGGAGUUUUCCAAUCGCCAUCCUCGUUACAGCGCCCUGGUGGACAAGUACGGCGCUCCGGAAGAAGGCGAGCUGAAAAAGCGUCAGCCCUUCGCUCUUAAAAAUCAGCUGCUAAAGAUCACCUUUGUGUUUGCGGACGAGGAGUCCCGAACGCCGCUGGUGAAGAAACUUCCGGUCACUAUGGAGGUCCGUAAGGUCAAAGGCCUUCUGGCCAGGAUCAUGAAAGUCCCCGUCAGCGACCUCAAGCUGAGUUACACUAGCGCUAAAGUCGUCGGUCCGGAGUACGACAUGGACGGCGACCUGAAGACCUUGUUUUUUUACAACGUGGAGGACGGAGACACCAUCCUGGUACGGCGCUCGUAAAUGCGUACGGAAGCCAUGUUGCCGUCUGGAUCAUGUUAUGUCACAACAACAAUAAACUCCCAAUGCCAUGGCAAGAAAGGUUUAUUAUUUGAACAAAAAUGAGCAUCAUCAUCCUGAUUUUAAUAAGAGGAUACAAAAAAAAGUUGUGUUGUCCGAUGAUAUCCCAGAUAUUUGCAACCUUAUCCUCUGCACACUUUUUUUAUUCAAAAAAAUCCCAAGGCACGCUACUUGCAAAAAAAAUAAUUUCCUUAGCCCAUAUUAACAAUAAUUUGACCUUUGACCUCAAAAUGGAAUAUAAUAACACACAAACGUCUGUGACCUUUAACCUCAAAAUGAACUCAUUUUAUAUUACAUGUCCUGAGCAUUCAUUCUUGCAUUUCCUUGAACAAUACAAAACUGUGACAUUUGACCUCAAAAUGAAAUCACGUUUUAUAUUACAUAUCCUGAUCAUUCUUGCAUUACCUUGAACACAUUCUUACACACAAAACGACGCAAAGCUCUGUGACCUCAAAAUGUAAUCAACUAAUUAUACAUUACAUAUUCUGAUCAUUCAUUCUUGCAUUACCUUGAACACAAAUAUCCACACACAAAAAUGCAAACCUCUGUGACCUUUGACCUCAAAAUCAGUAUCCUGAUCAUUCAAUCCAGCAUUACCUUGAACAAAAA